AUGCCUAUUCAUCGCCGUAAACAAGUCCUCGUCAACGUCGUGGAUGGUUUAGCCAAGGUCAAGCCCCACGCAACCUACGCCUAUCUCCCCAUCUCUCCAACAGGGUAUGAGAAGGGAUUCAGAAAGCUGACGUACCAAAAAUUCGCCAAUGCAGUCAACGGUCUUGCAUGGUGGCUGACGACGCAAUUCGGGAAGAGCACGUCCUUCGAAACUUUGACAUACGUUGGUCCAAACGACUUCCUGCACAACGCCUUGAUUCUGGCCUGUGCAAAAACGGGGUAUAAGCUAUUCCUAGCAUCUUUUCGAAAUCAACGAGAUGCGCUCACAGCACUCUUUCGGCAAAUUGAUGUCAAGGCGGUCCUUACCGCUGAUCCAAAAUCUGAGCUUACUGCCAGAUAUCAAGAAGCCUCUCCGAUGCCCGCAUUCCAAGUCCCAACCGUUGAAGUCCUCCUGAAAGAAAGCUUCCCCCACUACCCCUACCACAAAACGUUUGAGGAGGCAAAAAAUGACCCUUUGGUUAUCUUCCACACUUCAGGAACAACUGGUUCCCCAAAGCCGAUUACAUACACGAAUGGCUGGGUGGCAGCGUACAUGCAAGCCAUGCAAACACUUCCACCAGAAGGAAUGGAAAUGAAAGACAAAUUCAUGUGCGGAACCCGCUUCUUCGUAAUGAUGCCACCCUUUCACGCCGCAAACAUCUUUACCGUUUUCUGGAUUCCUUUUGCAAACGAGACGACCAUCAUAUAUCCACCAAAAGCUCUUCCACCAACAAUGGAGGCCUUCAUAGAAGGAAUCAAAAGCAUUCAGGUCGACACAGCCUUUAUUCCACCGCACUUCGUCAGCCAGCUGGCUGCCAACGAAGACCUGCUCAAAAUCGUAUCCGAUAACGUGGAAACGCUGUUCACCGCUGGCGGCAAAGCAGUAGAUGCCCAUGGCGACAUCGUAGCUGCGAAAAUGGCCGGUCAAUACCUAACGACCUACGGCGCUACCGAAACCGGAAAUAUCCCUGACAUGCUGCCAAAAGGUGUCCCGCCAUCCACGAACUGGAGCUACAUUUCUCCGCAUCCAGCUGCGGGCUGGGACUUCCGGCUCCACAAACGAACGGAUGCGCACACAGUCUACGAAGCAAUCAUCGUGCGGAACAAGGAUCAGGACAUGGAGCAGCCGGUCUUCAAAAUGUUCCCAGAGUUAGAAGAGUAUUCGACUCGGGAUCUCUACCUCCGGCACCCCACACAGCCCGAUCUUUGGAAAUGGGCUGGCAGAACCGAUGACACAAUCGUCCUUGCGUCCGGCGCAAAUGUGUCGCCUAUGGUGAUGGAGAGCGGAGUAAGCGAGCAUCCAGCCGUUCAAGGGGUCGUGAUGGUUGGGAGCGGACAUUUGCGCCCAGCGCUUAUCCUAGAGCCGAGGAAUGCGGACAUGGAUGGGGAGGAGUUAGUCGGGAGCGUUUGGCCGACUGUUGAAAAGUUGAACAGCACUUAUUUCGAAGAUCAUCAGAUUCUGAGAUCUCAUAUCUUGGUGACAGCGGGGAACAGGCCGAUGGCGAGGAGUAUGAAGGGGAGUAUCCAGAGGAGUGUGACGGUGGACCUGUAUGAGGCGGAUAUGGAGGAUUUGUGUAUGAGGUCUGGGUAG